UUCCAAUAUGGCCGCGUCCAGUUGAAACGCUACCUGCUGUAUGAGUUUAAAAUAAAUGUUUUUUCAUUUUAUUUGAAUUGAAUUCAAUCUAAUACAUAAGAGCAGCAUGGCGAUUCCUGACAAGACUGUGUGAGCUGUCAUAUGCUUCUGCGAUGCCUUCACUCAAUGCUAUGUCAUGUUUUCAAAGGUUGCACACCUGCUACAUUGCUCUCUUCAAAAACAGAUCCCAUCACUGGACUGUGUUUUCUCAGAGCAGAGCUUUGCACUACACUGCCUGUGAACUGCAAAGCUCAAGCCCAGACUCUUCUUCCACCGUCAGCAGUGUACACCAGACACAGACUGUCCCAGAACCUGUGGACGAGGGCCCUCCAUCUCUCCCCAGCCACUGCUGCAUGAGCGGCUGUCAUAACUGUGUGUGGAUCGAACACGCUGAAAAACUGCUGAAAUAUUACAGCGAUGGUGGAGACAGAGCUCUGGCAGCCAUUGAGGAGAAUGUUCUCGAUGACAACCUGAAGGCUUAUCUUAAAAUGGAGAUCAAGUUGCUGAAGAAGUCCUGAUGCUAGUGAACUUGGGUGGAGAUUUACUGAGAGCAGAUUCAGAGUGUUUCAUAGCAGCAACUAUUUGGACGUUUUGUCAAAAACACGUCCCGGUCAUAUUUCACCUCAAUAUCAAAAGGAAAAACAUAUAUGUUUUAUUGCACGAAGACUAUAAAUCUUAAUUCUAGGAACACAAAAAAUGUUUUUUCAAAAUCCUCAUUUUUGUAACGCAUGCAUUGCAGAUGUUUUUUUGUAAUGUCUUUUAUAGUAUAAAUUUGAGAACAACAAUUUGAUGAGAUUAUGGUGUUUUUUCUUUCAGUAUUCUUCACAGAAUAUAGUACAGUUUAUAAUAAUGGAAAUAUACAUAUGAAAAUGUUGUGAAUUUUUAAGGCAGUGUUCAAUAUUACUGGCCUACAGAACUGACAGAUCCGACUAUACCCAUGAUAAAACCUUAUCUAAAAAAACAUGUUUUUUCUUUAAUAUUUUGAAAACAAUAAUAAAUGUUGAAGAUGUUAUGUAUUUAUAGAUAAGUUUUAUCCUUUUGUAUAUUAAGAGAGUGUACAGUUUCUUAUUUAUUACUUAUUUAAUGUGAUGUGUAACUA